AUGUCAAGAAAGAGUAAAGAUGUGCAGAUGAAUGUAGUAGAUAGAGAUAAACAGAAAUUUAUGUGUGCAGAUGAGAACAGAAAUUUCUGGGGAGAGAGGAAAGAAGAGUGGGAGACUGGGGGUCUUUAUAUAUUGGUAGAUUUCGCCGACGCUGAGCUUAUGUGGAAAAUUACCCUGAGUGGGGGGUUUAGGUUUAAGUUUGAGGGACAAUUAAUGCGUGGGAUGUUGAUGGUAGACGUUGUGUCUAUAGCCCUGGCUAGGUUGCAAUUCACUCGAGCAUCAGCUCGGCGGGGGUUUAGGGUAUUUGCAGAUGAUUUGUUUCUCAACCGUCAAAACCGUGGUUAUGAUAUAUUAUAAGUAAACAGGAAAUGGGCUUUAUGGCCGGCCCUCGUGUAACUGAGGUUAAUAAUUACUCCUUAUGGCAUCCUGGCGUUAGUUGA